GGGGGGAGGAGCUUCGUGCAGGGGUGAACGCCCGCACUACGUGCUCGUUCUCCUCGCGACCGCUGCGCGCUAGCCCCGUGUCCCCGCGGCGGGCGGUAGCGGCGGCGUCUGUGGAACGCGAGGGGGCGGAGGGAGCCCGCGGCGGUGGUUAGAGCGAAAUGGCGGAGACCGUGGCGGACACCCGGCGGCUGAUCACCAAGCCUCAGAACCUGAAUGACGCCUACGGGCCGCCCAGCAACUUCCUCGAGAUCGAUGUGAGCAAUCCGCAGACGGUGGGGGUCGGCCGGGGCCGCUUCACCACCUACGAGAUCAGGGUCAAGACAAAUCUUCCUAUUUUCAAGCUAAAGGAAUCUACUGUUAGAAGAAGAUACAGUGACUUUGAAUGGCUACGAAGUGAAUUAGAAAGAGAGAGCAAGGUUGUAGUUCCCCCACUCCCUGGGAAAGCAUUUUUGCGUCAGCUUCCUUUUAGAGGAGAUGAUGGAAUAUUUGACGACAGUUUUAUUGAGGAGAGGAAGCAAGGGCUGGAGCAGUUUAUAAACAAGGUUGCUGGUCAUCCUCUGGCACAGAAUGAACGUUGUCUUCACAUGUUUUUACAAGAUGAAAUAAUAGAUAAAAGCUAUACUCCAUCUAAAAUAAGACAUGCUUGAAAUUUGGCAAGAGGCAAAAACGUGACCCUUAAUGAUGCCUGUGCACCAAUGAAGACAUUCUAACUACCCUUUAGCAUGCUGUACAGAAACUGGUAUUCCAUGCCUUCAGUACAGUAACACUCAUGUGCUCGGUUUUGUUUGGCAGUUGACAGGUUAAUUUGCUUUAGUGAAAAUCUCUCAUUCCAGCCUUUCUAUAUCAAUAGCUCUUCCUUGCUGUUUUAAUGUGGUAUACACUAUAGCCUCACAAACCUUCCUAUAUAAUCUGCAAUGUCCUAACUAAAGAUUCUGACUUGGUCUCAUUUGCA